GUCAUGCUCUAGCCGGAAGUUCCAGCGCAGGCGAGUGAACGGGUGUUUAACCAGCUUAGUGUAAACAACGAGAACAUGGACGACGACGUGCUAACAACGUUAAAGAUUUUAAUAAUCGGAGAGAGUGGUGUCGGUAAAUCAAGUUUGCUGCUGCGCUUCACAGAUGACACAUUUGACCCAGAAUUAGCUGCAACUAUUGGUGUGGACUUCAAAGUGAAAACUAUUGCAAUAGAUGGUAACAGAGCCAAGCUGGCAAUAUGGGACACCGCGGGUCAGGAGAGGUUCAGAACUCUAACACCAAGCUACUACAGAGGAGCACAAGGCGUCAUAUUAGUGUAUGAUGUGACAAAGCGGGACACGUUCACAAAACUUGAGAACUGGCUCAACGAGCUGGAGACAUACUGCACGCGCAACGACCUGGUUAAAAUGCUUGUGGGCAACAAAAUUGACAAGGAUAACCGUGAAGUAGACCGAAAUGAAGGUUUGAAGUUUGCACGGAAACACUCUAUGCUUUUUAUCGAGGCUAGCGCAAAAACACGGGACGGAGUACAGUGUGCCUUUGAAGAACUGGUGGAGAAGAUCUUGCAGACGCCGGGGCUCUGGGAAAGCAGCAUCCAGAACCACGGAGUCCAGCUGUCCGAUCAGGAGCAGCAGCGUCAGGGCGCCUGUGGGGGCUACUGUUCCCUGGUUUAACAUCCACACCUCAUCCCACAACCACAUACUGAGAUGGAAAGCAACGUUUUCUUUUUUCUGAAUGAGAGCUUCCUCUGAGGGGGAACGGUCUGCUUCCUUAGAUCUGGUCAAAGGGACCUUUGCAGUUUGCACACCAUUCUGUGUCACUCAGUUUUUGUCUUCAAAUUCCCAGUAUUGUCAUAUUAAGUCAUAUUUUCUAGAGUAAUGUAUCACAUUGCUAAAUUACCUGUAUUCUAUGUAAUGUUGUCAUGCAUAACAAGUCUAAGCAUCUUGUAAUAUGGCAGGUAUUUCCCCCCAGCAAGAGGACCAAGCUGACAUGCUUCCCCCUCAAUGGGAGCGUUGCCUUUGACCUAACGUGCAUAGGCCAAUAGGAUUGCAUGAGGGGAGGGGUCGAGAUAUUAGAGGAUCUUAUCAGUGUGGUGAAUGCAUUCAGAGUCAAUCAUGAUUGUCAUCAAUUGUCCAAUAUACAUCUACAUGUUAAAUUUUCUUCAUAUUAUCUGUUUAAUGUAUUUUCUGAUGCUCUCAUUUUAAUCUUCUGCUUUUUAUUUGCAAUUGAUAAUCCCAUUAUUUCUUUUUAUUAUUAUUAUUUUAUUAUUAUUAUUAUUUUUUGCCUUGGAAUGAUGCUUAGCAUGAUCCUAAAUUCUUUUGCUAGAAAUAUUCUUUCAUAAAUAAUAUAUCUUGACAAGCUGUUCUGAUCCGCCUAUGCUGAAGUAAUUCAAACAUUUAUGUCUAUGAAAUGCUGUGUAGCCUCAGUAUCUCUCCUGACUUGAGAAACAGUGCUGUUUGUUUUUGGAAUACCCUAAUUUAAGCAUGCUUUAUUUAUGUAAUCCAUGAUGACUACAGUUUUUUUUUUUCUUGUCCAAAUAACACAUGGGAUGAUCCACUUUACUACACUGUGUUUUAAGCAUUCUUUCACUCCUAUCUAGGAAAUUGUAGUUUCUCUAGUCUAGUUUAAUGUGAAUGGAUACUAAAAGCUACUUCUGUAUUUGUCGUUUUUAAUCAAAAAGACAUCCUGUGACAUGAUUGAACUGAUAUCUUAAUUUUGAAGUUUCAAUUCAGAUUGACUCGACACAGGAAAUAUUUGAUUAUGCCUUAAUAUUUAUGUGAUCUGCAUGUUUCUGGCCGUCACAAUGAAUCUGUAGAGAGAGUGUGUUAAUAUAGCCAGUUAAAAUUA